AUGCAAACUCGGGCUAAGAAUGGAAUUAGCAAACUGAAACCUUUUUCAGAUUAUCAAUGUUACCAUACUACCAUUCCUGUUAUUGCUGCAGAUGAUGAACCUUCGUCUUAUCGCAUAGCUGCUCAAUCUCCUGCUUGGGUUAAAGCAAUGCAUGAAGAACUUGAAGCAUUACAAAUGCAGGGAACUUGGUCUCUAGUGCCAUGUCCUUCCCGGAAAAAUAUAGUUGGAAGUAAAUGGAUCUACAAAAUCAAGCGCAAUGCCGAUGGUUCAAUUGCAAGGUAUAAAGCUCGUUUAGUGGCACAAGGAUUCAGCCAACAACAGGGUCUGGAUUUUAGUGAAACUUUCAGCCCAGUUGUUAGACAUACAACUGUGAGACUGAUACUUAGUUUGGCAGCCAUGAAUAAGUGGAGUUUGCGUCAGUUAGAUGUUAAGAACGCAUUUUUACAUGGUGAUCUGGAAGAGGAAGUUUACAUGCGGCAGCCUCCAGGUUUUGAAGAUUCCCAGCAUCCAGAGUUUGUGUGUAGGUUGGCCAAGUCCCUCUAUGGCCUUAAACAGGCACCAAGGGCUUGGAAUGCCAAGUUUACAGGUUAUCUUCCAGCCUUAGGCUUUAAGUCUUCCCAUUCUGACCCAAGCUUGUUUGUCAAGCAUGAAGGUUCUGAUAUUGUGAUUUUACUACUGUAUGUAGAUGAUAUUAGUUUGACUGGUUCAAGUCCUCAGUUGGUUCAAACAGUUAUUGAUGAUUUAGGAGCUGUAUUUGACAUGAAAGACAUGGGCAGACUUGCAUAUUUUUUAGGUCUUCAGGUGUCUUAUGAUUCCACAGGAGGUAUCUUUGUUCAUCAGACCAAGUAUGCUCAGGAGUUGUUAAAUAAAGCAGGGAUGACCAAUUGUAAAGCUUGUCCAACUCCCUGCAAGCCACAUAAUCAGGUAUUAAGAACAGAGGGGCAGCCAUUAACUGAUCCAACUUUGUAUCGGAGUCUUGUAGGUGCCUUACAGUAUUUGACAUUCACAAGGCCAGACUUGUCAUAUUCUGUCAAUACUGUUUGUCAGUAUAUGACUACACCUACAGAAGCACAUUUUGAUUUGGUCAAACGUAUAUUAAGGUAUAUUCAAGGUACCAUACAGUAUGGCAUUCACUUCACUACAGGCCCUUGGCAUCUGCAGGCCUACAGUGAUGCAGACUGGGCUGGAGACUUGAAUACACGCAGGUCUACCACAGGAUUUGUGAUAUUUCUUGGAAAUAAUCCUAUUUCUUGGCAAUCUAAAAAGCAAGGAUCUGUGUCUAGAAGUUCGACUGAAGCAGAGUACAGGGCAUUGGCCAAUACAGCUGCAGAUUUAGCUUGGAUUCGACCAAGGAUUAAAAUAUCGGCCGUGCAGAUAAUAUCGGGCCUCCAAUUUAUGGAUAUUUCGGAGGAUAUAUCGUUAUUGUUUUAG